AUGUUUGCCAAGUCGUUCGCCGUGUGGUAUAUGAGCCUCGGUGCUGCAGCCGCCGCUGGGGCGAGCUCAUACAACUACAUAGUCGUGGGUGGCGGAACGGCGGGUCUCACCAUUGCCAGGCGUCUCAGCGAUGACCCAAAGGUCUCCGUGCUAGUUCUAGAAGCGGGCGACAACCAUUCCGAGGACCCCAAUGUUCUGGUGCCCGGGCUUUUUCCAGCCAUGUAUGGUAACCCUAAGUAUGACUGGGACUACAAGACGAUCCCGCAGACUUCCGCCAACGACAGGGUAUUCGCCCACAUUCGCGGCAAACAGCUCGGCGGCUCAUCCGCCGUCAACUUCAUGUUCUGGACUCACGCCGCGCAACAGGAUAUUGACAACUGGGGCGAGCUCGGCAAUAAGGGCUGGUCGUGGAAGGAACUGGCGCCAUACUAUGAGAGGUCGGAGACCUUCAUGCCGCCCUCUCAACAGCUGAUCCGGGACUUGCGCCUGGAGUUUGUUGACCCCAAAGCCCAUGGCUACAAAGGCCCCAUUGUCAACGCGUUUCCGGAUCUCCACAGCCCGCUACUUCCGGCGUGGCCACGCACAUACGAGACUCUGGGACUGGGCGUCAAUGGAGACCCUCGAAGCGGGCUGGCGCUGGGGGGAUUUGUUAAUCCCCUUAGUAUUGACCCUUCGCGACGCGAAAGAAGCUAUGCUGCGAAUGCUUAUUUGGGUCCCAUUCGCAAGCGAACGAACCUCAAAGUCAUCACCGGGGCUCUUGUCGACAAGAUUCUAGUGGACAAGAUUCGGUCCACGGCGGUAGCCACUGGUGUUCAGUGGACCAAGGACGGCGCCAAGGACACGGCAGAUGCUCGUAGCGAGGUGAUUCUCUCCGCCGGAUCGAUCGCCUCGCCUCAGAUCUUGGAGCUCUCGGGUAUUGUGGGCAGGCGGCUCUUGCAGAAGCACGGCAUAGAGGUGAAGGUGGACAAUGCCAAUGUCGGACAGAAUUUGCAGGAUCAUCUUUACGUUCCACUUGGUUUCGCCACCAAAACCGGCGUCCCGACGAAUGAGGACUUUGCCAACAUGACGUACUUCCAGGAGCAGCUUGAUCUGUAUCUCAACAACAAGACCGGCCGUCUAGCAACGUCAGGAGCCAGUUCUGGUCUGCUAUCACUGCCGCAGCUUGCGUCAACGCUUUACGCGAGCGGUACAGCCCUCCAGACCAGCUUCGUAGGCCUCGCCGAACAGUACGCCCUCAUUGCGAGGGGUCUCGCAACCGGCGAGGUCGCGCAGGAGCUGAUCAUCGAGGGAGGCAUCUCGCCCCAGUUCUCCAACGACUCGACGCUCUUAUUCAGGGCCUCCACUCCGGGCAACUUCAUCUCCGUGCUCGGCGUCCUGCAGCACCCGUUCUCGCGUGGAUCAGUGCACAUUCGCUCCCGUGAUGCGACGAUGCAUCCCGAGGUCGACCCGCGCUAUCUCUCGCACCCCGCCGAUCUCCAGCUUCUCAAGAUCAUUGCCCUGCACCUCCAGGCCGUGGCCAAGACGCCGCCGCUGAGCGCGCUGAUGCAGGGAGGCGGCACGGUGUACCAGCCGGGCUACCACCGGCUCACGGCCGAAAAUGUGGAGAGAUGGGUCCGCGCCGCGGCACAGAGCGAGUACCAUCCGUGCGGAACCGCGGCGAUGCUGCCUAGGGCCAAGGGCGGCGUGGUGGAUGAGCGGUUCCGGGUGUACGGAGUUAGCAACCUGCGUGUCGUCGACGCGAGCGUGUUCCCGCUGAUCCCUCGAGCAAAUACGCAGAGCCUUGUGUACGCUAUUGCUGAGAGGGCGGCAGAGUUCAUCAAGCGGGCUACUUAG